AUGGCCUUGUCUGAAGCUUUCCAGGUGAUUGAAACUUUGCAGAUCCCAAAUUACAGAAUGGAGGAUACAGUUCGGUGGCUGUGCUCGAUGUCAGGUGAUUUUUCUGUGGCGUCAGCUUGGGAGGAGAUUAGAAGAAAGAUGCCGAUUGCCCCCUGGGCUAGCAUUGUUUGGCACAAAAAUCUGCUUCCUCGCCAUUCCACUCUUGGUUGGAGAUUAGCGCAUGGGAAGAUGCCUACGGAUGUGGAAGUGCAAAAAAGGGGUGUUUGUGUAGUUUCUCGGUGCUCCCUGUGCAGAAAAGAAUGUGAGUCGACAGCCCAUUUGUUCCUCACUUGCAAAUUUAGUGAUGCAGUUUGGAAUACCUUCGCUGAUUGGUUUGGCUUCAUUUGGGGGCGCCCCUCUAGCAUCCUUGAUUUUUUGGAGUGGUGGAAAGGAAAACUUAGAUCAUCUAAUCUGAGAGACCUGUGGGCAGUAGGUGCUAUUGUUGUGUGUGCAACUCUGUGGGAAGAGAGAAAUAAAAGGUGCCAUGAGGGGACUCACCGGAGCAUGAAGCAACUCCUGGAAUGCGUGAAAGGGGAGCUGCAAGAGUGCAAGUUUGUGAUUAGAGGGGUUAAAAGCAUUCAAGAUUUGUGUGUCAAAACUAUUGGUUUGGUUUCUUCUACUGACAUAGGUAGUGGGAUCUUGGAAGUGUUUUGGUGUAAGCCGGAUCCAAACUGGGUCAAGCUCAACAUUGAUGGCAGUUCGUUGGGCAACCCUGGCAAGGCAGGGCUGGGGUGGGGGCCGUGUUUCGCAACCACCAGGCCCAAGUGGUGUUCUCGUAUGGAAAAUACCUGGGCAUUUCCAAUAGCUUCGAAGCUGAAAUUGAAGCUCUGA